GGUGCGCGGCCGGACCCGCCUCUGCAGCCCGGGGCUCCGGGCACGGCAGGGCACGGGCGGCCGGAGCCCGGUGCUACCCAGCCGGUGCUGCCCAGCCAGGUGCUACCGGAGCCCGGUGCUACCUCACCGGUGCUGCCCAGCCAGGUGCUACCGGAGCCCGGUGCUACCUCACCGGUGCUGCCCAGCCAGGUGCUACCGGAGCCCGGGGCUGCGGCAGCAGCGAGCGGGGAGCGGGCAGCGCAGGUGCCGGCCGGGAUGCGCUGAGGGCUCCGGGGAUGGAGGGAUGGGAUGGGAGCGGCGGGCAAGCCGCGGAGGAGGAUCCGAGGCGGGCCCGGGCAGGGGGAUGGCGGUGCUGGCAGCCCCUGGGCCCCAAGGCUGGGUCUCGGUGCUCCCGGGACGGCUCCGAAGCCGCUGCGGUGCUGGGGAUGCUGCGGGCACCGGUGAUGGGGAUGGGGAUGGAGCGCGGUUUGGGAUGCGCAGGGAAGGCUCUGGCAGUGGGUGAGCAGAAACACAGCUGGAGUGGCACAGGGUCCUGAGUUCUUUCAGCCUUUCAGCGUCUUCUGCUGGAUUUGCGGUGUUUGUAACGUCUUGGAUGCUCUCGUUGCCAUUAGCGAAGCGGUGUUAAUGAGCGAGGCUCGCUCAGGGUGCUGGAUUUGUGCUUUUGCUGCGUUGGGAGCAGUGUUUGAGUGACCUUUUGCAUAACAGAUGAAGGGUCAUGGACACAAACCAUUUCAAACCAUUUUGGUUUUUCACUGUCACAUCAGCCUCAGCUUCUCCAGCCCUUGCAGCACAUUUGAGCUUUAGUUUCUGUUUGUGGAAAGCCGACUUCCUAAAGUUCUCUGUGGAUAUUUUUUUCCACCUUAAUUGUUACUGGGAGUGUAGUUAAGGGUUGGAGAAGACACAAGGAGAGUGAGAGGCACUCACUGCCCGUUCUUUGUGAGUAAUCCAAGAGAAACAACUGCCAACCACUGCCACGUUUUCAUCUGUUGGUAAACAUCAGCUGCUGGUUGGCCUUGAGGGAGGAAGACUGAAUUAGUUCCAGAUGGAGAAUUCUUUCAGCCCAUUUAGACUUUCCAGUUGAUUAAAGCCAGCAGGUCAGUAAUUUAGGGGAGUAAUUUUGUUGUUAUUUGCUGUUCUGCUCCGUGCUCUGUGUGGAAUCAGUGAUAUCAAACCUGAUAUCAAAUCUGAUAUCACAGCAAUGCUGAGGGUGGGGCUUUGGUUGUGCUUAAUUAGUCUGGGUUUUAAUUAAGUUGUAUAAACAGAAGAGAUAUUUUGAAUGCUCUGAUAAUUAACUCGUUUUUAUGCAGUGGGGUAUUUUUUGAAUGACCUGGAAAAGGAGGAGGAGUCAAGAAUUCAUUUUUCUGAGCAAAUGCUCUUGGAGAACAUUUAUCUUUUUUCAAAGUUUUUUAAACUGGGUUAGCACAAGUUUGUGGUUUGAUGUGAUUGUGUCAGAGAAUCCCAUACCUCAGGGUGCUGCUGACAUCAAUUCCUGGAAAAAUGGGAAGAGAUAAGGGCAGGGGGAUGGAAAUCUCCAGUGCAUGGCUGCAGGAAGCAGAGAAUGUGAGGAAUGGAAAAUUUCACUGGGAAGCAGCUGCUCUGUAGGAUACUGAGACUGACACCAGGUAUUGAACUCCUCAGUGUCUCUUUGUCAUUUAUUUGAGGUGCCACAUUGGACACUUAAAAAACAUUAAAAAUAAAAUCUUAAACUAGAGUGACCUGCUCCCAAAAUCAGGGCAGGUGCAGUAGCUCUUGUUAGAACUCUUGUAUUUCUUUCUUUCACAGGGUGGUUUUGUUGUUCCCUCUGCUCUGCUGCUGUAAUUUCUGUAAUUUUCUGUAAUUUCUAAAAGGAAAAAAGCUCUGCUUGCAAUCAUCUCAUGCCUUUUGCUGCCAAAUCUGUUCAAAAGGCUUUAAGAAUUAGUUGUAAGUGCUAAUAUUGGAUUGGAAGCUGUAGCAAAAUGAGGAAUGUUUCAUUAUCCCCAUGUAAUUAAAUAGAAAACCACUCUGGGAAGCUCUUGGGCAUAUUUCCCUGCUUUUUUCACCUGGAAGCAUUGGCCAGGGUAGCUCUGGGAUUACUGGGAGUUCCAGCCCUUGGUUAUUGCUCUUUUUGGCUGAGGUUGAUAACAGGUUAAUCAGUCUGAAGGGCAGAGGUUCCUGCUUGGAUUUGCUGGCUUGGGAAUUUUUCUGGGGAGUGUUUAAAGACAGAGGGAGAUCAAAGACAGGGCAGAAUCUGGAAGAGGAGUUGGUUAUAAUUGGAAAAGCUGUGUAGAGGUGAGAGAAAAGGAGAUAAAACCACAAAGUCUGGUGGGUGGGUGGGUGUUAUUUUAGAAUAAAAAACCUCCCUAAGAUUAGUUCUUGUUGCUUGAUCUUGGCAUGAAGACACCAGGAGUUCAAAAUCCAGCCUGAGGGACUACAGGAGUCUCUUUAUCUUUCCUGAAGUGCAGGUGAAAUGUGCUGUCUUUGCUAAAUUAGGAAUAUAAAAUGUCACUCAUCUUUUUUUCCCCUUUUUUUCCCCUUUUUUUCCCUUUAUUUUCCCCCCCUCAGGCAGAAAACAUGGAGCAGCCCACAUGAAGAAUCCUUUGGAGUUUCUAUCCCUACAAGAUGUUCUUUGAAGGACCAAACCCACUUUUGCAGGCCCCUGGGAGAUGAAGCAUUGACCACAUGCCAUUUUUAUCUCCACAAGUGCUUUGUUGCUUUGUGUGAAGGACAAAGAAUAUUUUGAAAUAUUUCUUUCUUCGCCUCACCAUGACGAGUGCCCUGACCCCAGAGGCCCCAAGCUCUCCCCAGCUGGAGGAGAAGCCCAAGGGGAAAUCCCUGUUCCAGCUGGGCUCCCUCUUUGCCAACAGGAGUGAGAAGUUUGUGAUUGCUCGCAGUGACAGCUUGCCAGAGGAGAAUGUCCUGAAAAUCACCAUCACAGAGACCACGGUCAUCGAGUCUGACCUGGGCAUCUGGAACUCCCACGCCCUCAUCUACCUCACUCUGUGGUUCUUCUUCAGCUUUUGCACUCUGUUCCUCAACAAAUACAUCCUGUCCUUGCUGGAGGGGGAGCCCAGCAUGCUUGGUGCUGUUCAGAUGCUCUCCACCACCUUCAUUGGCUGCAUCAAGAUGUUUGUCCCCUGCUGUCUGUACCAGCACAAGGCCCGCAUCUCCUACCCCCCAAACUUCAUCAUGAUCAUGCUCUUUGUGGGCUUAAUGAGGUUUGCCACGGUGGUGCUGGGGCUGGUGAGCCUGAAGAACGUGGCAGUGUCCUUUGCAGAGACAGUGAAGAGCUCAGCUCCCAUCUUCACAGUCAUCAUGUCCCGCAUGAUCCUGGGGGAGUACACGGGGCUGCUGGUGCACGUGUCCCUGGUGCCCGUGAUGGCCGGGCUGGCUCUGUGCACGGCCACCGAGCUCAGCUUCAACAUCCUGGGCUUCUCUGCAGCCCUGUCCACCAACAUCAUGGACUGUUUGCAAAAUGUCUUUUCCAAAAAACUCCUCAGUGGAGAUAAAUACAGAUUUUCAGCCCCAGAGCUUCAGUUCUACACCAGUGCUGCUGCUGUGGUCAUGCUCAUUCCAGCCUGGAUCUUUUUCAUGGAUGUUCCUGUGAUUGGGAAGAGUGGGAGAAGCUUCAGCUACAGCCAGGACAUUGUGAUGCUGCUGCUGAUGGACGGGGUGCUGUUCCACCUGCAGAGUGUCACUGCCUAUGCCCUGAUGGGCAAAAUCUCCCCUGUCACCUUCAGCGUGGCCAGCACUGUCAAGCACGCCCUGUCCAUCUGGCUCAGCAUCAUUGUCUUUGGCAACAAGAUCACCAGCCUGUCGGCCGUGGGCACCGUGCUGGUCACCGUGGGGGUCCUGCUCUACAACAAGGCCAAGCAGCUCCAGCAGGAGACCCUGCAGAGCCUGGCCAUGGCCCCGCAGCCGCCCGCGCCCGCCCAGGACACCGAGCCCCUCACGGCCAAGGAGCUGCAGCCCUACGAGUGAUGGAAGGGGCUCGGCAGCCUCCAGCCCAGCCUGGCUCCUCACAUCCUCCUGGGUGGGCUUGUUCCCCAAAUCCUCCUGGGUGGGCUUGUUCCCCAAUCCUCCUGGGUGGGCUUGUUCCCAAAUCCUCCUGGGUAGAGCUGUUCCUCACAUCCUCCUGGGUGGGCUUGUUCCCCAAAUCCCCCUGGGUGGGCUUGUUCCCCAAAUCCUCCUGGGUGGGCUUGUUCCCAAGUCCUCCUGGGUGGGCUUGUUCCCCAAAUCCUCCUGGGUGGGCUUGUUCCUCAGAUCCUCCUGGGUGGGCUUGUUCCUCAGGUCCUCCUGGGUGGGCUUGUUCCUCAGGUCCUCCUGGGUGGGCUUGUUCCCAAAUCCUCCUGGGUAGCGCUGUUCCCAAAUCCUCCUGGGUGGAGCUGUUCCUCAGAUCCUCCUGGGUGGGCUUGUUCCCCAAAUCCUCCUGGGUGGGCUUGUUCCUCAGAUCCUCCUGGAUGGGCUUGUUCCUCAGAUCCUCCUGGGUGGGCUUGUUCCUCUGGUUCUUCUGAGUUCCUCAGAUCCUCCUGGGUGGGGCUGUUCCCAAAUCCUCCUGGAUGGGGUUGUUCCCAGAUCCUCCUGGAUGGGGUUGUUCCUCAGAUCCUCCUGGGUGGGCUUGUUCUCAAAUCCUCCUGGGUGGGCUUGUUCCUCUGGUUCUUUGAGUUCCUCAAAUCCUCCUGGCUGUGGCUGUUCCUUAAAUCCUCCUGGAUGGGGUUGUUCCUCUGGUUCCUCAAAUCCUCCUGGAUGGGGUUGUUCCUCCGGUUCUUUCAAGUUCCUCAAAUCCUCCUGGAUGUGGCUGCUCCUUUGAGUUCCUCAAAUUCUCCUGGAUGUGGUUGUUCCUCUGCGUUCUUCCAAUCCUCCUGGAUGUGAUUAUUCCUCUGAGUUCCUGAAAUCUCCUGGAUGUGGCUCUUCCUGAAACCCUCCUGGAUGUGGUUGUUCCUCUGGUUCCUCAAAUCCUCCUGGAUGUGGUUGUUCCUCUGAAUUCCUGAACCCCUCCUGGAUGUGGUUGUUCCUCAAACCCUCCUGGAUGUGGUUGUUCCUCAAACCCUCCUGGAUGUGGUUGUUCCUCUGAGUUCCUGGCGGAUCUCACCCAGGAUUUGAAGCAGGAAGGAGCUGGGGAGGAUCCAGGAAAACCUUGGGAACCUGAUGGCCCUAAGAGAGGACCUGGAACGUGGCAAACUUGGGCUUUGUUGUCUCUCCUUGACUCCAAAUCACACCCAAGCCUGUGCUGGUGGAAGAACUUUGGAGAACAAUCCCUGAAUCCCUCCCCAUCCAAACAAUGUGACCAUGGGGCCCCACCACUGAAUUCUGCUGGCAGAGGGAUGCAGCUGGUGCCUCGUGGAAGUUUCUGGAUGUUCUCUGCAUUUCCUGAGGGGUGGUGCAGAGAUGGAAGAGCCCAAGGAGGGGAUUGUCCCACUCUGGCCUCACCUGGAGCCCCCAAACCCUGCCCGAGCUCCUGGAGCACCGGGACAGCACAAGAAGGGAUUUUGGGGUGGAUUUUGAUUUCUGAGCAGGGCAGGAGUUGGACUGGAUGGUCCUUGUGGGUCCCCUCCCACUCAGGAGAUUCCAGAAUUCCGAGAGGGAUUGGGAUUCCCGCCCUUCUCUCCCAAAAAACACAAAACAACUUUCUAGGAGUUUGCUCGAAGCAAACAGUGGGAAAUGAGCUGUGGUCAGCUCCUGCUGCUGGCUACAAAUCCAGGAUUUGUAGUGGUUAAAAAUGUAAAAAUGGGAGGUGGAAUUGUUGCAUUCUGGUCAUUUACUGACAGAACUGAAAUGCAAAUAUUCACACACGUCCCCUGUGGCAAUGGAGUGUUGAAUUCAAUGUUUGUAGUUGCUUAGAGGUAAAAAAAACCAAACCACUGAAAAUUGUGGUGACAAAGGAAGCAGGAUCUCUGUAUUUCUGUAAAUAAUAUUUUGUUGUUUUAAUUUCAUUUUGUUAUGCAUGAGGAAAGAAAUGGAUGUUUUUUAAUGUUAUUUCUAAGAGUGCAACAAAAGGCUGCCUUUUAGAAACUCAGGGUUGUGAGUCUGACCUGUGUAAAAUAUCUAAUUUCUGAUUGUAAAAAAAAAAUCUCAGAGGCAUCUGUGACAGAUGGGAGGAAUAUUCACCAUAAACUGAGGCAAAUCUUUAUUUCUGCUGCUUUUAAUUUUCCUUUGUUUUAAAGGAAAUUUGGUUUUUGUGGUAGAUCAAAGAUUAAAAGUUCACUUUUCUUCUCAAAAUUCCCAAAACCAGUCAGUUUUGACCAAAAAAAAAAAGCACACAUGUAGCUACAAAAACAUUCACCUGGACUUUUUGGGAACAAAACUUAAAUUCAAAUGAGUGGAUUUUAAUAAUUGCCACUCCUCUGGAAGGUUGGAGCACAGAUAUUUAAUGGUUAACAGGAAAUGACAAUUGGAAUUCCUGUAAAAUCACAUUUCCACACCUCAGUGGCUGCCUGGGGCAGAUUCCCCAAAGAUCUGAGGGAGAAAAAUGUCAAUUUUUCCAUCCUUGUCCAUGUGAUACGUCUGUGGUAUUUUGUUUUCUUUUGUACUCUUGUCACUUUUAUAAAAGCUGUGGACUGUGGAACUCUGUGGGGUUUUUUUAAUUUGUUUUCUGCCAAAUACACUGAGACUUUUGAAAGUAUAACUACAAAAAAAAAUGUGUUUUGUGUCAUA